CAAACAACGAAAGUCACUUCUUGCCUUGUUGAGUUGGGGAAGGCUGCCUGCCACCCUGCGCUGGCUGACAGCAGAGACGACAGUGUAGACUGAUCUUGGAGACUGUUCGUUGUCGUUGUUGGUUCUCUUUGCAAAUCAGUUCAAAAUUCGUCCCCUGUCCAUCUCUGCUAUCUGGGCCUUUGGUGGAUCUCCUCAGUUCGCGGUGUAGGUGAAACCAAGUGAAGUCAGUGUACUACGUCGCCUCCUGCUGGGUUUGAAGUAACUCUUUCGCAAGAUACCCCACUUGCAAAUCGGACAACCAGUGACUGCUUGUUUGGUAAUGUCACCAUGGCACUGCGUGACUACCCUACAAUGGCAGCGACAGCAGCAGCGGCGGCGGCAGACACCUCCACUAAUAACUGCAGGCACAUAGCAGGAGAGCAGUAUCCACUGCAGGAUCACAUGAUCAACACGGCCACUCUGAUCACAAACACGCGCCACUGCACGGCCCAGCAGGCGCCUCCCGCUACCCCGUCCUCGGCUUCGGAAUACGCAAAGACGCGCCACUGCUCAUCCCGGCAAGCCUCUUCCGUUGCCGCCGCUGUAUCACCAACGUCGGAGUGCGCGUCGCACCAUGCCUGGAAGGAGUCCAUCGUGGAGUGUGCCCGCCGCACUCCCCAGCUGAUGAUCGACGUUAGCGUUGCCGACAACCCUGGCUCGUUCCGGCAUGCUGUGUCUUACGCCGCGCCAACCUCUGCCUCCGACGUAUCGGCCCAUGCCAACCCCUACGCACCAGCCCGUAAGCCGGAGCCACCGGCAGUCCUGGUGGAGCGUUGGACAUUGGAGCUUGCCAAAGUAGGCAUGGAGGCAAAGGAGAAAUCAGUUCGCUUGGCAAACCUGCAGCAGGCAAUGAAGUCCACAUUGCUGUUUUCACAGCUGCAGUCUUGGCUAACACUGGCUGAGGGCAGGUGGCAUGUAGCAAUCAAUUACAAGCUGGCCAACAUGUUUGAAUUCCCACGGGACGAAGACUUUCCUCUGCCACCUACACACAGUGGCAAGCAGCUGGCGGUGAACUCGUUCCCGGCUGCAUGCGUAGACGCGGAGCACGUACUGCGCGUGCGCUGCCUGUCGCUACGCUACAGCCACAACAUUCCGUUCGCCUCGCCGGAGCUGAUCCGGCUCGUGGCCAAAAGACGGGACGCCGCGUGCAGCCGCUCCAGCGCGAGUUCUUCGUCGACCUCGGCGGCGCGAACAGCGCGCGCUCGUUUCAUGGCAGAGAGCCUAUCUCCGCCGCCGGAGAAGCCUCCGCGGUCCAAUAAGCGGCGCAGCAAGCUGCUCAAGGAUCCGGAGCACGAGGCCGGCAGUGGCGUUAGCAGUACUUGUGGUGCUGCUCUGCUGCAGUUGAGUACGUGCUCCUACUGCGGUGCCGUCAGCGACUGCGAGAAGAACACAGCCGGCCGCUUAAAGCGCAAGUCCCACAGCAAAGCUCGUAAGAGUGAUGUCACUGAAUCACAACCGUCGUCAUCAGCAUCAUCAUCAUCAUCAUCAGCAGCAGCAUCUGCUGCUCAACUUGUGGUACCAGCACAGCCGGUACGAGUCAAGUCUCCGCCGAGACCUAUAUCUCCCGUGGUGUAUUGGCCUGCAGUCGACUCUCGUUCCAGCGAUACACCAUCGUUAUCACCAAUGUCGACAUCAUCUGGCGGGAAUUCAUCGUACGACGCUUCUCUGCCAUACCGGCAGAACUCCGCGCCUCUGCCACACAUCGACACCUCCUCCUCGGAGCCGUCAUCGCACUCGGAGCGCGGCGGUGUUGCCGCCUUGCGGUCCGUAUGCUCUAGCAGCCUACUGGGAAAGGAAUCGGUCGCCAAGAUCUCCUACCGGCGCAUGCUGCAAUCUGACAACGUCUUUGUAGGUUCACCGCACCCCAGCAUGCUGGCACCUCACCAGACUCCUACCGGGCUGAGGAGGCGAACCAGCUGGUCAGGUCCGCUGUCUACAUCACCGCUCCUCGGCACAUUCGAGGAGUCUAUGUUCGCUGGACGCCUCACGCCUGCUAGCAGUUUGGCGGGUUACCGGCUGCACAUACGCUGUCGCUGUGUGCAAUGCAAUACAUCGGCAAGUCACGACACGCUUGAUCUACAGACAGACUUCUUCGAAACGGAAUCAGGUGCCCCUUCACCUUAUCUGGGCACGGCCAAGGCACCACGCGAGUCAUUCCACGUGUCCAGGAAAGGCAUCCUGCAAGCGAUACUGAUACGGCCGAGCGGUAGCGUACUGCGUGUGUUCCUCGUGCCGUACGAUUUGUCUCACCUGGAGUGCGGCAUGACGACGUUCAUCCGGCAGCGGGUGAUGUCAUCGUCGCCGUCCGCAGAUGCUUCCGCCAAGCCCACGCUUCUCUACGCCAUCCACUUCAGCCUGCGUCGCUCCGACCCUGGCGGUGCCCUGCACCUGCACAAGCAGAUUCGCGUGGUCUUCUCGCCGCUGCCACCGGACGUGUACGACGUCGCCGACAAGCACAAGCUAGUCACUGACACCCUGGGCCCGCACAUCCCCACGGCGACGCAGUCCCAGCUGCUGUGCUCCGAGGAGCUGGGGGAGUGCGACGCCGCCGUAACUCAGUCUGUUGCGGACGUCGCCAGCCCCAUGCUGUCGCCGAUCGCCUACCCGAUGUGCCUACAACGCGCAACAAGUUCACAUGGCGUGCACAGCACAGCAACAACAACAACAACAUGUCAGCUCACGGCUGCGAGCACCAGAACGCUGCUCUCGCCGCAGGAAUUGCUCUGCAAAAAGCAGGAGGUGGCCGCUGAGCUUGCCACACAGGGCCGUUGCUCAACACCACCGCCACUCCGAGUUCCAUAGCGUGGCAGCGGCCCUCUCUCCACACUUCUAGAUAGUAUACCAGACCUUGCUUUAUUCUCCUAUCAUGUCCAAGCCAGUCGUUUGCUCCGGUAUGUUCUACUAGUAUUUUACAAGUCUAGUGCUUUUACUCCCCCAACUAUUUUCCCUUUAUUUUUUAACAGAUAUUGCGUGGAUGUGCUUGUGUGUGUGUGUGUGUGCAUUUGCAUGUUGGUGUGUGUGUGCUUGCAUACAAGUGUGUCGGUCCAGCUAACCUUUCAAAUCCUAGUCUGCAUUGCCAACCUGGUUCUAUUUAUGCCCAUGGUGGUUGUUAUCUUCUAAACUAUGUACGGGCAGGUUGCUUUAUUUAUUUCAUCGGUACGGGUCAUUUCCAUUGGCCAAUUCGAUGUCUUCUUACGGGUAUAACGUCGUGCAUUCCGUGCCUGGUAUAUGCACCGUUUUCUAGGUCUUGAUUUCUCUGGAGAGAGUUUUUUUACCAGAACUUGUAACUAGACUGAAGAAUCAUUGUGCUUUGUCAUGACUGUGUCAUCAUGUCAAGCAAUAAUACUCCGGUACCUGA